AUGGCGCCGAGGCGGCCUACGCUCACAUGCGAUCGUGUUCCGCCUCGUCUGCCCAAUGAGAUCACAUUGCUGCUGUGGCCGAGUGUCGAGAAGAGAAAGCCUCCGGGCAAACACGACACGACGACGCUUGGCCGUCGAGCGCGCCGAACGAGGUCUUUCUAUGGACGACAAAGGACGAGGAAGGCACAGGCCAACAACAGCGACAACCAGUACACAACAGUUCAGAUGAAUUUAAUUCGAGAAUCUGUACAAGGAAUCUCCUAG